AUGUCACUACAAGCGUUUAGAAUCGGUUUACUAAGUACCACAGCUGCUCCUUUAGCAUAUGCUCGCCCAUUUAGUUCUUAUGCGGCCCUUUUGGCAAAGAAAAAAGGCAAGACAAGUGGAAAACCAGGAAAGGCUGACAAUGAAGAGCCUAUCGAGAUAAUAGAUGUCAAGAAGUAUGUCAUCGACGCUACUAAACAAUUUGAGAAGACUCUUGAAUUGCACAAAAGGAAAUUGGCUGAGCAAAAAGUUGGAACCGCAAGCCCAACAAUUUUCAAUGAUUUGAGAGUAGGUAAAGAAGGACAAAAGUUUACGGAACUAGCUGCGACCAGUUUGAAGGGUAGGAAUGCUCUUAUUGUGACUGUUUUUGAUCCUAAAGAUACCAAAAAUAUUGUUAGUGCCAUUAUGGCAGCAGGUUUAAAUUUAAACCCCGAGAGAAUUCCUAAUAAUGAUCAACAGCUUAAAGUUUCUCUCCCACCAAUCACAACAGAGACACGCCAAGCAGUCUGUAAAGACCUAAAGAAAGUAUUCGAAGAUUACAAGCACUCUGCCCUGAAGGAAUCCUUGGGCCAUGUCCGUGGCGAAAUAAUGAAAGAAUUAAAGCAUCUACAAAAAAAGAAUGACGAUGUCAAAAAGGUUAUUCAAGAUGUUGAAAAGAUUCACAAAGAAUAUACCAUUAAACUACAAGAACAAUUGAAACAAGCAGAGAAAAGCGUAAUGAACCAAUAG